ACUUAUUAUGUUUCCCAAACAGAUCGUCUCUUCCUUCUCCCAACAGGACAACAUCGUAAUUUGCUCUUUUGGAAACAGUUAAAUUUCCCUUCUUCUCACCUUCUUCUUCCUCUUUUCUUGAUGGUUUUUUCCUUUUGCGGCCCCUAGAACACCUCCGAAUUCCUUCUACAUCCCUCCAUGGCCACCCUCUCAGCUUAUCCUAGCCCUAACCCUAACCCUAAUUUUCUUUCCUCGACUGAUCAAACCAACCAGGAAUCUCUCCCUCAGAUUCAGCAUCACGCUUCUCCUGACGGGGACCCAAACCCGACUCCCACCCCCAACUCUAAUCCUAAUUUUCACACCCCACUUUCGACUCCACCCGAGGCGAUUUCUCCAGCCGCGCCGCAGCCUUCUCUCCUCCACCUCUCCUUUAACCAGGACCACGGCUGCUUCGCCUCAGGCAUCGACCAGGGCUUCCGGAUCUAUAAUUGCGAUCCUUUCCGCGAGAUCUUUCGCCGAGAUUUCGAUAGUGGCGGCGGCGGCGGCGGCGGCAUCGGCGUUGUCGAGAUGCUUUUUCGGUGCAAUAUUUUGGCACUCGUUGGCGGUGGACCCAACCCGCAAUACCCGCCUAAUAAGGUUAUGAUCUGGGACGACCACCAGAGCCGAUGCAUCGGCGAGCUUUCUUUUCGUUCGGAAGUAAGAUCGGUUCGGCUUCGGAGAGACCGAAUCGUUGUCGUUUUGGAACAGAAAAUAUUCGUAUACAAUUUUGCGGAUUUGAAAGUGCUGCACCAGAUUGAGACCAUAGCGAAUCCGAAGGGACUUUGCGCAGUAUCCCAGGGGGCCGGGUCCUUGGUUUUGGUUUGUCCUGGACUGCAAAAGGGCCAGGUUAGGGUGGAGCAUUACGCCUCGAAGAGGACUAAGUUUAUUAUGGCUCAUGAUUCGAGAAUUGCGUGCUUUGCACUUGCGCAGGAUGGGCAGUUGCUCGCUACUGCGAGCACUAAAGGGACACUGGUUCGCAUUUUUAAUACCGUUGACGGUACCUUGCUGCAAGAGGUAAGGAGGGGUGCAGAUAGAGCUGAAAUUUAUAGUUUGGCCUUCUCUUUAAACGCCCAGUGGUUAGCAGUUUCAAGUGACAAGGGCACCGUCCAUGUUUUCAGCCUUAAGAUUAAUGCUGCAUCUCCAGGCUCUGACAGGUCACAAAGUGCAUCGGACCCUGUUACAUCACCCCACUCCUCUCUUUCUUUUAUCAGAGGAGUGUUACCCAAGUACUUCAGCUCAGAAUGGUCAGUGGCUCAGUUCCGCCUGGUUGAAGGUUCUCAGUACAUCGUUGCUUUUGGUCACCAAAAGAAUACAGUGGUGAUUCUUGGCAUUGACGGAAGCUUCUACCGAUGCCAAUUUGACCCAGUGAAUGGUGGGGAAAUGACUCAGCUGGAAUAUCACAACUUUCUGAAGCCAGAGGCAGCUUUCUGAAGAGUUAUUUAUUUAUAUUUUCUAUUUAUUCGGCCAUAUAUUGUAUCUUCUAAGCUUCUGCCUCCUUUUUUACCCUACUCUUUUUUUUUUUUUUACCAUGAUUCACCUAAUGUAUGUUGUAAUUUGUAAAUAAUAUAAGUAUAGAUAUAGAUUUGUAAAGUUUGUAACUGCUUAUCCCCUCCCAAAAAAA